AAACAAAAAAAAAACAACUACUGCAUCACAUCCAAAUUCAGCAUUCAGCAGAUUUUUGACAUUUCAGGCCGUUGUGUUCCAGACUUCGAAUUUCUGGAGCGAAUCCUUCAUUCAAAAUUCAAAAAAAGAAAAUCCUUUUCCGUGUACUGUCGUGGCUUGCCUUCUAAAUGAUUUUCAAUACUUUUCCAUAAAUAUUUAAAAUUUUUUUAAUUAAAAAAUGAAUUCUCUAGAUAAUACUCCUUUACGCUAUAAAAAUCGUUCGCCAAUGAUAAAUUUUUUUAGUAAAAAUCUAGGAAAAACCAACCAGAGUACAACUCUGAUGACCCAUGGCCAUCAUUCAAGGAGAUUUCGUGAAACAAAUAGUUUUGAUGUUUUUCCUGUUUUAAAAACUCCACCAACCAAACGUUUCGCUAAAGUUGUGAAUCCCUUUGAAGCUGCUCUUUCUGAUCGACUCCAUUUGCCAAUUAUUGCAAGUCCAACAUUGUUUCAGCGUCCCCCAACGCCACAACACUCUUCAACACAAUUUGCCUGGACUAUUGACGAUGUGUCCUCUUUGCAACCAGCCAAUGUAGAGCCACAUGAAACCCAAUUCCAUGACUCCCCCGAUCCGGAAUUCGAAGCCAAAGCUCAGUCAGCCAUUAGUUCGUUUUUCAAAGAACAACAAAUUGUUCCUAGCCCAAUUGACUGUCCUUUGCGCAGUCAACGCAUAAUUUUAUCCGAAAUAACUGGCAACACUCCAAUAUCCAAGCCAGGUCGCCGAAUACGCGAUAAUGCAGCACAAACAGUCCUUUCGCUGCCACCAACAUUGCCCAAGGAUUUAGAGGCUGCCUUGGCUCCAUACUUUACAUUCAAUGAAUGCCAACAGAGCACAAGUAAUCUAGCUGAUAGUUCCAUCAGUGCCAUUGAAUAUGAUAUCCGUGAUGCAUCUCUGAGACGCAAGCUAUUCGAUUACCAAGGUGUCUCGUGUAUGGAUGAUGACACUUGCGCUGAGGUCGAAAGAUGCCAACUGACCUCGGCCAGUCCACCGCCACAAUCGCCAGAAGUGCUCAAAUGUAAAUCUGCCAAAUUUGACGAUGCCUUCUUUAAAUCAAGGCUAUCUGAUCCGAUGGAUAAGAGUUCUUUUGGUUCGUUGUCACCAAUCGCUCAGAACUCUUCGUCUCCAGAGACAAAACAUAGGUCAAGGAUUAACUUUAAGAACGAGGUUGCCACUACAUCACGUUCUGGUUACUUUUAUGAGAACUAUAGAUGUCCAAAGGUUGAGGAUUUUGCUAGUCCUCUUGCCAAAAAGUCACCAAUGUAUUUAUUUACUACUCCAGAACGUAGCUCGGUGCAUCAACUUUCGUCGCCGUAUCGUCUGGCAAGUGCAAAGAGCGACACGGCAUUUAAUAUCAAAAUCAGUGGAUUGCUUGUGGAUACGACAAAGAGAUCUCGAGCGUCCGCUGAACUUGAUUUGUUUGCCGACGAUACACAGGACAUUGAUGAAGACGAAAUGCAAGUUAGUCAAUUGUCGGCUAUAAGCAACAUCUCGUCGGAAUCCGAUACACCUCGAAGUAAACGAAGGUCGACAAGCAGGAAGAAUCUUUCGCAAUCAUUUACAAAUCAAUUUGUCUCGUCGAAUGAAGAUGAGAAUAAUGUUCAGUUGAAUGAUUCGUUAGAGGAAGCAAAUAAGAUAUUUGUUCCGACAACUAAUUUGAGUGCGGAAUCUAAUGCAAAACAGACUCAUUUAGCUGUAUCGGAACGAUCUAUCCUUUAUCGCACAGACAGUGGAUUCAAUGAGAUGACAACUAGCUGCAGUCAACAAUAUGAUACGAAACCCAAUUUUCAGCUAUCCGGUGAGGAAGAGGAUGAGGAGGAUCAAAAGACUGCCAAUGGAAAUGCUUGUGAUGCUGAUAUAAGUAUGAUAUGUUGCUCGACACCAUCCAAACAUUCCGUCGCUAUUCCUUAAUAGUUAAAGAAGCAACGCUAGAUAGUAGUUGCUAAUAAUAAUAAAAAUCUUAGAGUAAUAAUUCAAUUUUUUUGUUGCAAUUAAUUAUGAUUAUUGUAUAAAUAAGUUUUCUAUCGAUUGUUUUAAUUUUUUGAAUUUGUUUAAUUAAUAAUUACAUAUUGCAAUAUCCAAAUUUUGAAUGGAUUUUUAACAAACACGAGUGUCAUACAAUUAUUAUUAUUAUUAAUUUAAGUUGGUUCUAAGAUAUAUAACAAAAUUUAUUGAUCAACUAUUCUAGACCAUUUUGUUUAGGUUAAAACUAGUUUUUAUAUAAAAU